AUGAACCGCCUCUUUGGCUCGCGUCAAGCAGCGCCCAAGCCGAGCUUGGAUGAGGCUAUCAAAUCCACGGAUGCUAGAGCAGAGGGAGUGCAAGCCAAGAUCCGAAACUUGGAUGUGGAACUUGCCAAGUACAGAGAUCAGCUGAAACGUGCGCAAGGAGCCGGUAGGGUGAGUGUCUGCUCGAGUUUUUGGGGCCCGGGUCGUUGGUCAGCUAUGGAGCAUGGAAAGGGCAACGAUGAGGCAGGCAGUACAACACGCUGACUUCCUUUACGUUUCUGUGCACAGAACGCUAUCCAGCAGCGUGCGCUUCGAGUGCUGAAGCAGAAGCGACUGUACGAAGGGCAGUACGGGCAACUGGUGCAGCAGUCUUACAACAUGGCGCAAGCCGAUCUCACGACCGAGAACCUGCGCAACACGAUGGCCACCGUAUCGGCUAUGGAUGCGGCGAACAAGGAAAUGAGAAAGACGUAUGGAAAGAUUGAUCUCGACAAGAUCGAGAGGACGAAUGACGAGAUGCAGGAUCUGAUGGAGAUGGCCAAUGAGGUGCAAGAAAGUCUGGGCAGGCAAUACGAAGUUCCCGACGAUAUCAACGAGGAUGAGCUGCAGGCCGAAUUGGAUGCGCUGUGAGUGGCAAAUGGCCCUGCGCGUAUUUGCGGCCUUGCUGACCCUGGUCGUCUGUUUGUCUUUGAUGGCAGCGGCGACGAUGUGGCUGCCGAAGCUCUCACCGAAGGCGCAACGCCCAGCUACCUCAACAAUGCCGAGGGCGCCAAGGAGCUCGAUGGCCUUCAAGCUCCGACCGACCAGAUCGGUGAGGCGGGAAAGGUGGGUGUCUCGUUUGGACCAAUCUGCCGAGUGCUGAGCGUGAUGGCCUCGCUAAUUUCACUCUGCGCUUCGUCUCCUUCAGCAAGAAGCUGUUCGUGCAGUGUAG